GGCAAGACUGCUACCUAUUGAUAGUGUCAACAAAAUGGCGUCCGGCAUGUGGGAAGAAGUACUGGCUGCUAAGAAUGAAAAUAGAAGAGAACUAAAUUUACAAGGAACGGCAAUUAAUAAAAGAAUCGAAGACAGAGGGCUUGAUGAAAAUAUUUUCUCUCUCACUAAUUUAAAUCUUUUGAAGAUAGCCGGCACGCCACUGGUAACAAUAUCUGACCAGCUGUCAAGUCUGACUAAUCUCACAUCUUUGAUGCUUACUAAUAAUAAAUUAAAAUCGUUGCCGUCAUCAAUAGGUGGUUUGGUUACAUUGAAAGUAUUAGAUGUAUCUGGAAAUAAUCUGGAAAGUCUUCCAGUCUCAUUAUCGAACCUCGUUAAUAUAACCUCAUUAAAUGCCAAUUUAAACCAAUUGACUACAUUUCCAGACGUCUCCAAAAUGAAAGUACUUGCUUACCUGAGUAUCUCUAGGAAUAAAUUAACAAGCCUACCUGAUGGUAUUUGUGAUCCUAGCUUGACCUUAUUAAGUACUAUUGAUGCUGCUUAUAAUGAAAUUACUUCAUUGCCAGCAGAAAUAUCAAACCUUUCUCAUUUGAUUAAACUAGAUGUCUCAAGUAACAAGCUUGACUCCCUCCCCCCUGAAUUAUCAGAGUGUGCUAAAUUACGAGAAGUUCUUAUAAUAGAUAACAAAAUGAAAGACAGAAAGCUUUUAAAGUUGGCUGAACACUCAACAAAAGCCUUAUUAAAUUAUCUGAAAAUUCAGCUUGAGAAGCAGCAAGCAUUAGAAAGUAGCAAGAACAAAAAAACUGACAGUUCAAAAAAGAAGAAGAAAGCUGGAGACAAAAAAGAUGUUGAAGAUUUGGAACGUGACAUUAUGUCAGUAUUGCAGUUUGAGACAGAGAAAGGACUUUUAAUCACAGCAACACCGGCUGUCAUGAGUGUAAGACAGUAUCUUGUUUGUUGCAUCAUUAGAAAUCUAGAUUUCAACAAGAGCAAUAACAUGUUCAAAAGAUUUAUCAAUUUGCAGACAAGACUACAUGAAUCAAUAUGUGAAAAAAGACAAACAGCAACAAUAGCUACCCAUGAUAUGAAGCUAAUAAAAGGACCCCUGACCUAUGAUGCAGCUCGACCUCAUUUAAUUCAGAUCACUCCUUUGUUCAAGUCUAAGAUAGUCACUGCGGAAGUUCUAAUGAAAGAGCUAAGAGAAGAAGCUGAAGCAUUUAGGAAAGAAAAGAAAAAAAGUACACUAAGUGGCAUUCACAAAUACUUGGAGCUUUUGAAAGAUAAGAGUCUUUACCCUUGCUUGAAAGAUGCAGACGGAGAUGUUAUUUCUUUUCCUCCCAUAACUAACAGUGAGAAAACAAAGGUUUCUAAAGAGACCACAGAUAUCCUUGUUGAAGUCAGUAGCUCUACCAGCUUGGACAUAUGUAAGAAAGUCAUGGAAGAAUUACUUAAAGAAACAAUGCUUACUGGUGUUGGUACACCAGCCGAAGAUAGUGGUGAAAAGAAGGAAAGUCAAGCUGAGGGUGAACCAGUUGCAGACACAAGUCGAAUGAGAUUUCCACAGAAACUUGUGGUAGAGCAAGUCAAGGUGAUAGAUGCUCAAGGAAAUCUGCGAGUUAUAUUCCCUUCCCGUGUGGAUUUACAAAAUCCAGCCUAUGAUGUGAUUAGAAAUUAUGAAUGAUGCUAUUUUUACUUUAGCUGCUGCUUUUUGACAUUUUUUAAAAACAUGAAACCCUUUUUUUUCUCCAAACAUUUUGUGAAGAUGCACUGAUUUUUAUAUCUUAAAAGUAGAAAAGAAAAAGAAUGACCUGUACUUGAUGUACACAGUUAUAUAUUGAAACAUGGUAGACACUUUUUAUAUUUACAUAAACAAAAUAACAGUGCAUUGUUUAUCUAGGUAUUCUCAUAAAAAUAUGAUUGUUUGGAUUGGUUUAAAAAUGAGAAUUUUUUCAAAAAUUAAAAAGUCAAUCUUUCCCCUAUUCAUACAUUAAUGUUUUACUAUCAUUUCUAUUGAUUGUGGACAAUAAAUAUUUUUUAAUACAAGAUAUUUUUUUAGUCUUUUUCACUUGAAACUAAAUAAUCAGUUCUGAACUUCAAAGUCACUUAGUAAAAAUCCAAUAUGUAUUUAUUUUUUGUGGAUACCUAUAUUUAUAUUAAGAUCUUUUUGUGGUAAUUGUUUUUUUUUUAUUUGAGCCCAAAAUUAAUUUUUUGAACUAUCAUGACAACCUUUUGCCUAAAAGAGCUUGUGAUUCCAUAAGGAACACUGUAGUUAUUUUAAUUGCCUUUAUAAAUAAAGUCUAUGAAUUUAAAAAAUCUGGCAUUUCAUUUUUAAAAAUUGUAAAGCUCUUAUCAUUUAGUGACUAAUAUUAUUAAUUCUUAUUCAAUUUAUUUGAUAAGUUGCUAGUUGUGUGCAAUUUAAUCAUGUACACAUUUAGUUUGCUAUCAUCAUUGCCAUUAUUGUGAAUAUAAUUAAAUAAAAAUCUAUUUCUCAUGUAA